CUCAGUCGGCGCGCGCAGCGCCAGUGUACGCACGACCGUCGCGCGAGCAGCACGCCGCACCGCGCGGUACGUAGUGAACCAGUGAGCAUGCUGCACGACGCCUGGCCCGGCGCCUGGCACCGCGCCGAAACCAUCGAGCUGGACGCGCUCAUCGCGGAGGUUAACAACAACUGUAUGAAAGAGGGCGAGGCGGAGUGCGGCGACAGCCCGCCCCCGGCUGCCUGCUACCAGGAGCUGCGGCCGGCACACGCGCGCGACAUGCAGCCCUACGCGCUGGACGAGCCGCUCUUCAAGGGCGAGUAUGCGCGCGCGCGCAGCCCCGAGCGCAGCCCGCCGCGCCUACACUACGAGCCCUACGCACCCCCGCCCGCUUACGGCCACGAACACCACGGCGACGGGUCGGGCGCGAGCGGCGGAGCGGGGGUGGGCGCAGGUGGUGGCGCAGGAGCGAUGUAUGCGCGGUGCGGGUACGCCGCCGGCUCACCCUACUUUGGCAACGGCGCGGACUUGCCGCAGGCGCAAAUUUGGACCUCAAGCGCGGGUGGGUCGCCAAACUACAGCAGCAGCGUGUUGGAGGAGUAUGAGCAGGCGGAGAGCGAGGGCGCGAGCGGGAGCGCAGGCGGCGGAGCGGGAGGCGCGCUGCCCGCUUUCAGCGCGCGCUUCGGCAGCGCCUUCGUGCACCGGCAGCCCGCGUACGCGCCGCAGCAGCUGGCCGCCGGCUACCCGCACCAGGAGGCGUGGGCGCUGGACGCGCGCCGGCCGCAGCUGUCCGCCGCCGCCAGCCUCAGUGCCAUCGAGAUGGCGGAGAUUUACACGGUCGGGCGCGAGUGCGUCAACUGCGGCGCCAUUCACACGCCGCUGUGGCGGCGCGACGGCACCGGCCACUACCUCUGCAACGCGUGCGGCCUCUACAACAAGAUGAACGGCAUGAACCGUCCGCUGAAGCAGCCCCGGCGGCUGGUACGUCAGCGGCACGCGGCCGCCCCGCCCGCGCCCGACAUGGGCAGCAAGCGGCCUGGACUGACGUGUAGCAACUGCGGCACCUCCACCACGUCGCUGUGGCGGCGGAACGUGCACGGUGAGACCGUGUGCAACGCUUGCGGCCUCUACUACAAGCUGCACGGCAUCAACCGCCCUCUCGCCAUGAAGAAGGACUCUAUACAGACGAGAAAGCGAAAACCCAAGAAUUCUAUGAAAGGAGAAAGAAAUCUCAGUAAAGGCAAUUCGCACGGUACGCACGGUGUGCAUAGCUCGCACGGCGCGCACAACACGCACGGCACGCACGGCGCACACGGCGCGCACACGCCGCACGCCACCACCAACGCAGUGCCCUCCACUGUCAAACUGGAGAACAUGUUGGAGAGCGGUCCGGGAGUAAUCAGCGUGGGCAACGCGGAGAGCCGCGCGGCGCUGGCGCUCGGCUACUACGUGCAGCACGCCAUCAAGAUGGACGAGCCACCGCCCGCGCACGCCCACUCCGCGCACGCCGCCCACGUCGCGCACGCAGCCCACGCCGCGCACAUGUACGAGGAAGAGUACCGUCGAGCCGAGAGCGGCGAGCGCGGCGCCGCCGUUUCGCUGGCCAGCUGAAUCACUCGCGACACCGUCCGCCCGCACGCCGCUCGGGGGCACGCCGCCGGAUGCAUGCCGCCGGGUACACGCCGGCCAGCGGUCGGUUUUAUCGAAACAUGAGCUAUAGAGAAUAUUUUAUGUUAUUUAUGUAGUCCCUAGUACAAUCGUACCAAAAAUUUGUCUAUGAGCGUGCACGCGCAGGGCCGCCGUGUCCGCGCGGCGUCACGCGGCGUCACGCGGCGUCACGCGGCACGCAGCAGUGGGCAGGUGGGCAGCAACCUGAAGGCGGCGCGCACAAGCUCCCACACAUUCCUAUGUCGUGCUCGGCUCGGCGCAUACACUUAAGACAUAUGUUUAUAAUAAUAUUAGCGAGAAGGCUGUUCGUUGAUAAUAAUUUUUAUUGAUAUUAUUUAGUGAGUAAUUAAACGCUAGUUAACUCCAUGACUUCGAAAGCAUUCCACGAAUUUAUACGAGUGUGUUAGUUCGUGAAGAGAUUGCGCCCCGCUCCGGCCCGCUCCGGUCCGCUCCGGCCCGCUCCGGCCCGCUCCGGUCCGCUCCGGCAAGCUGCCUACCUCUUUAUAAGGUUUAUUUAUAAAUAAUAAAUGUGAAUGUGCUGUGAAAUUAAUAACACAUGUACAAUGACCUCGGCUAGCGAUACUCAAACUCUAAAGCGAUUACCGCGUCGCUAUGAAAGACAAAAAUAAUGGCCAAUGUAAAGUCAUUAUUCAAAAAGUUUUUUUCCGAAAAUAGGUCAGUUCAUGUUGUAAAUAUUGGAAGUCGUUUAUAAUUAUGAAAGACUUUUAGGUUAUUCGCGAGGUGGAGGUGCAAAGCAAGGCAACGUGGUUCUGCAACGUGUAAUACAGACUGUACGUGUAUUUCAUAUUGACCUUUGAUUUUGUGCACUGAUUGCAUAUUGGAAUACAAAAUAUAAUUGCGCCACAUAAUAUAUAUAUAUAUAUAAUGCGUGGGCUCGGGGCGGGGGCGCGUGGGGCGCGGGGCGGUGGGGCGGUGGGGGUGAGGCUGCCCCGCUCAUAGAUCUGAAUCCUCUCUGUUUGAAGCCGAAUUGAUGCUGGUGUCGCGACACGACACAAUGUACCUAAGUAAUAAGAAUAGAGAAUAUUUUUUUGCAUAUUAUUAUGAUAUAGAGUAUAUAGAGAGGGCGCGGGGCUGGCGAGAGGGGCGGGGAGGAGUCACUCCCCGCCGCCCCGCCGCCCGCCUCCGCCCUCUACACGUCUGUGUAAAUAUUUUACAAUAUAAGCAAAAGGAGAGAUAUAAUAAAUCAAAUUUUACA